AAAAAAGAAGAAAAAUUGGAAACUAAAUGGCUAGAAAUUGUACUGGGUUUCAAAUUUUCUUCCUUUUUUCCCUUUUCCUUUUCCCCAGUUUUCUCAGCAAACAAGGAAUAGAUUUAAUGACUUUUCCCACAAUCUCAUCAUUUGCACAAUUGGGUGCCUCUCAGAUAAUUUCAGGCCUGCAGAAUUUUGAUAGAGACGAUGUUGCUUCUGUUGUUACUGCUGCAGACAAGGAUCAAGUAGAGUAGCCAUCUCAGUUCAGGGAAGGAAAAUCGAACAGUUGAGUAAAUUGGUACUAGAUUGGAAGAUUCUGUCUUGGGAUGGAGGAUUUUGUGAUUCUAUUUUGCCCUUUUUAUGUACUGCAUCAUCAACUCAUCUCAUGUUACUUACUGUUUGGUGGUGGAAUCCAGAAUUAAUUAUGAGUUUCAAUCAGUAGAGGGUAUUGGUGUUUGGUUGUCAAGAAUUUGACAAUCUUGAAGCACUCUCUUUGCAUAUGUUAACAGUUGGAUUCUGUCUGUAUAGCUUGGGGUAAAUGUUCUUGUGUGCCAUUGUUUUGGUUGAAAAGUAUGGAUUGUAUAUGUUCACUGUAGAUGAGGUUUGUUUUCUUAUGUAUCGACUUUUUUCUCUUCAGUAAUCCUUAUGUUUUUGGUUUUGGAAUUCCUGGUUAAUCAUCCUAUGAGUUAUUUGUGAAUAAUCCAUUGUAUUACACUUUCCUUGACAUUGGUCAUGCCCUUAUCAUGUUUAAUCCCAAUUACAGGGGGAGCAACUCAUGUGGAUAUCGCCUGUGACCCAGAAUUGGUGAGGCUUGUCCUAAGCUUAACUUCUCUUCCGGUAAAUUCUAACCCUUUAAACACUAAAUUCAAAAUCACUACUUCAAAUUAAAGCUAUUGUCAAUUACUUAGUAACAUGUUUGUCUGUUGCGGGUUUGUGCGUCUUCGAUGGAUCCAGCAGCAUUCCCUGCUGCUGUUGAAGCAGGAGCAGUGAUGGUGGACAUUGGAAACUAUGAUUCCUUUUAUGAGAAGGGCGUGCUUUUCUCUCCAGAGCAGAUCCUAAAACUGACAAAGGAAACUAAGAGGAUUCUCCCGUCAAUGACACUAUCAGUCACUGUGCCCCACACUCUAAGCCCCCCAGAUCAGGUUAAGCUAGCCGAGUUGUUGGAGAAGGAAGGUAUGGACAUCAUUCAGACUGAAGGAGGAAAGUGUUCUAACCCUACCAAGCCUGGUGUUCUUGGCUUGAUAGAGAAGGCAACCCCAACACUAGCAGCAGCAUAUUCUAUUUCACGGACAGUCCAGAUCCCUGUAAUGUGUUCAUCUGGGCUCAGUGCAGUUACAGCUCCAAUGGUCAUCACAGCAGAGGCAGCAGGCGUGAUAAGUAACCCUUAAAAGAGUUGCAAAACUUGAGAGAAUCGCCAUUGAUAUGUUAUUAGUACUGGGGAGAAAUGAUUUACGCUGAGGUGCAUUUUGGACACAGGGUGUGGGCUCUGCGGUUAACAGGCUCAACGAUGUGGUUGCAAUGAUCGCAGAGGUUAGAAGCAUUGCCAGUUCGUUAGGAGCAUUGGCUGAUAGACACAGGACACAUGAAGAGGAGGCUUUGAGGAGAUUGUAACAUGUAGAGUUUGAAGAGACUUGAAACCUUUGAGCUUGGCUUUAAUGGUGCAAUGAGAUGAAUCCAAGUUUCCACCGGAACAAAUAGAGAAUUAUAGAGGCA